CCUUAUUGGGUUUCUUAUUGUUCAUACGGUUUUGUUUUUUAGGCAUUUUGAACUUGCUUGUUCGAUGAUGACGAAAGAAGUAUCCUUGAAACUGAACAAUCAGCGUAUUUUUAAUACAAAAUGAGUUUUUUUAAGAAAUUCUCUUACACUUUACCCGUUUCGUUGUCAGCUAUAGCAUAUGCUGGUCUAUCCAGACAAUCAAUUCGUUGUUCUUCUACUACAGGUAGUAUAUGGAGAGAAGGGAAUCCAAGCGCACCUAGGGCGUCACCCUAUCCACUAGUAUUCAUUCGCACACCACAAAGUUGGGGUGAAGACCAAAAAGAAUUUCAAUCUACACAGGGUUUACUCAUCCAAAAAGGUUUUGGAUGUUUAGAAAUAUUUUGUGAUGAGCAUACAGGUAGCACAUCUAAAGAAAUACUCAAGAAAAUGGCAGAUGACGUGCAACAGAGGAUACGAUUGGCUGCUAUACCAUUCCCACCCGUGUUAUUUGCAAAAGGACUAGGAACACUCGUUGCAGAAACUCACAUCAGUGACUUUCCAGUUUCAGGAGUCGUUCUGAUCAACCCACCCUUGAUCGAAGACGAGAAAUCUCCAAAUGAAAGCGCCUUACCAAGCCCCGUAGAACCAUUCAAUUAUGAAGCAUUUCCACGAAUUGGUAUUAUGGAUAAGCUCGCUAACGUAGAGAAGCUGGAAAAACACAGGUUAGCAAACUCAGAUGCUGAUUUGAUCCUCUAUAACGGCGAGUAUGGUGAACAACAAUCACUUUACGAAGUGGAAAGGUGGUUAGAUGAUAAAGGAUUCUAAGGCCAACACAAAAGCACCCUAAUGACGCUGUAAUGAUAAAGAAACGUUUAUGCAGUAAUUCCGAUGCUCUUUAAGUAAUCCAAAUGAGAUGGAUCCUUCUCAACCUCAUUUGAUCUGUUGUAUGGCUGCCACUUUGGCUCGUCCUAGCGGAUAUGUUAGAAAGUGC